AUGGGCCUAAUUCUCAGGAGAGAUAAUGACGCACUCAACGUCAACCCGCUCCCAAAUAUAUAUGAGGAACUCAGCGUCAAUGGCUCCGACUGGCUUUGGGCUUGCGUCGCAAUCUACUUGUUCUUCUUUCUCGGUGUCUAUGCCCUGUCGUACAAGCCCAGAGGUAAUGAGAAGAUCUUCCACUACCUCUUGAACAUCGCCCUGCUCGUCGGCGCCAUCACCUACUUCGCCAAUGCCUCCAACCUCGGCUGGUCUAUUGUGACCCAGGCCGACUCGAAUGGUGCCCCACGACAGAUCUUCUUCAACAAGUACAUCAACUGGGUCGUGGCUUUCCCCAUCGUCAACAUCCUUCUCGGUCUCGUCGCAAACUCCUCGUGGGCCACGAUCGUUUGGCACAUUGUCCUCUCCUGGGUCUGGGUCAUCAGCUACCUGGUGUCCGCCUACACUCCUUCUGUCUACAAGUGGGGUUUCUUCGUCUUCGGCACCGUCGCGUAUCUAGUCAUGGCCGCCUCAACCUGCGGCGAGGGAAGUGCCAGGGCGAAGCGUGUUGGCACCCAAAGAGACUACUAUGUCCUCGCCGGCUACUUCAAUCUCCUGUGGCUCCUAUACCCCAUUGCCUUUGGUAUUUCCGAGGGCGGAAACACCAUUGGCGUCACUCCCCACUUUAUCUUCUUCGGCAUCCUGGACGUCCUCAUGAUCCCCUUUGGUGCAGUCAUCUUCCUGGUGCUCUCCAGGAACUGGGACUACAACGCUUUGAACCUGUACUUUACUCAGUACGGCCGUGUCCCUCAGGGUGGAAACUUGCCUGAGAAGUCGACGCCUUCUGCUGCCGCGCCUGCGACGGCGGCCCCCGCCGGAGCCCAGCAAGUCUAG